ACUGAAUGAAUAAAUCUGGGAACUUGGGCCCUUUUGUAUAUAAGAAACUACAGCUCAAAAAGGUUAAAAUUUUUGCACAAGGGCACAAUAGUGGGGCCCACUUUGAUUUCAAGUCUUCUGGUCCAGUUCCACUUCUUUUUUCUGCUACACCUACCACGAACCUACCUUGAGACUUUGCAAUGCCAGUCUACCAGGAGAAGUGGGGUUUGUGACAGAUGUAAAUCAAUGCUGUGUGAAAGUUUUUCUAUGGGGAAAAAAUGUUCCUUAAUGACUUUAUGUAGUGGCUCAAUUCUCCAUCUUGUUAUAAAUAGUUCACCAGUGGAAUCUGGCCCAUGGACUUUACUUUUUUGUAGCACAAAUUAUAAUGAUCUCUAUUCCAACCAUGUGGAUUUAAACCCAACAUGUCUAUCAUUUCAGAUGCUCUCAGUAUCCCUGCCUCCUGGGUCCAGAUGGAGUCCUCUACAGCCUUUUAUGAUUAUGAUAAUUUGAGUCUUCUAUGUGAGAACAGUGCCAUCUUUUUUUCCACCAUCUCCACCAUUGUCCUGUACUCUCUGGUAUUUUUCCUCAGCCUGGUGGGUAACAGUCUGGUUCUGUGGGUCUUGGUGAAGUAUGAGAACUUAGAGUCACUCACCAAUAUCUUCAUCCUCAACCUGUGUCUCUCAGACCUGAUGUUCUCCUGCCUACUGCCUGUGUUGAUCUCAACACAAUGGGAUUGGUUUCUAGGUGACUUCUUCUGCAAGUUCUUCAACAUGAUCUUCUGCAUCAGCCUCUACAGCAGCAUCUUCUUCCUUACUAUCAUGACCAUCCACCGAUACCAGUCUGUAGUGAGCCCCAUCUCUACUCUGGGUAUCCAUACCCUCCGCUGCCGUGUGCUGGUGACCCUAUCUGUGUGGGCAGCCAGCAUCCUGUUCUCCAUCCCUGAUGCUAUCUUCCACAAGGUGAUUUCCUUAAGGAAAUGUGAUUAUUCUGAAUUUCAUGGGUUCGUGGCCUCAGUCUACCAGCACAACAUCUUCUUCCUCCUCUCCAUGGGGAUCAUCCUGUUCUGUUAUGUACAGAUUCUCAGGACCUUGUUUCGCUCAAGGUCCAGACAGAGACACCGAACAGUCAGGCUCAUCUUCACCAUCGUGGUAGCAUACUUCCUCAGCUGGGCUCCCUACAACCUCAUUCUCUUCCUAAAAACUGGAAUCAUCCAGCAGAGCUGUGAAAGCAGACAGCAGCUGGACAUUGCUAUGGUCAUCUCUCGCCAUUUGGCCUUCUCCCACUGCUGCUUCAACCCGGUGCUUUAUGUCUUUGUUGGGGUUAAGUUCCGCAGGCACCUAAAAAGUCUCCUCCAGCAGGUCUGGCUGUGCCAGAAGACAUCCAGCGCUGUUCCAUUCUCCUGUGCCCCUGGUACCUUUACAUAUGAAGGCCCCUCUUUCUACUGAGAGGAGAGGAUGG